AAAGAAGCAAAUAAUGUUCAUUUAGUAUGGAAAAUAUUAAUUUGCUUGUUAUUACUAAUACUUUAAAAUUAAUACUAUUAAAAAUAUUUAUAUUAAGAAACUACUAAAGCUACCAAAGCAAAAUAUUAGAAGAAAUGUACUUAGCGCAUUUACGACACCAUACAGCACAAGAUAUAAUGCUCCAAUGCACACGCGUCGUUUCCAUAGCAACAGUAUGUAGUUUGGUAACGUACACAAAGAGCAAAAGAAACAUAUUUUAUCGAGUCUCUCAGUUUAUCCUUCAGUUAACGUUUCAUUUGUCAAAAGUUUGAAUAACUAUCGUCGUGCUACUAGUGGACAUGUCAGUGGAAGGUGAAUUUUUUCUAUCCAUUACCGGUUCUAUCGAACACGCUGAAUUCUAUGAUGUCAACAAUGCGUACUGCAAGUACGGCUUUCACUUCGGACCGGAAUGGAACGUGGUCGCGGGAAUCGAAGAGGGUCUGACACAGAUGUGUAAGUGCAGCGACGAUCCGAGGAAACUCGUCGUUUGGAAUUUCCCCUUGGAUAUUACAUUCAAAAGUACAAAUCCACAUGGAUGGCCGCAACUUAUCAUGUCGAUUUACGGAUUGGACUUUUUCGGCCAUGACGUCAUUAGAGGAUAUGGAGUUUGUCAUUUGCCACUAGAAACGGGACAUCAUGAAAAAAGAGUGUCGGUCUAUGUGCCGGAAUCAUCAUCUACUCUGCAGCAUAUCGUGGCAUGGUUAACAGGCAGGAGACCAGAAUUAAUUGAUCCAGCCAUAUUGGCAUCUGGUAGCGGUAGAGAACUCACACGCAUGAGAGUCGAGGGAGUCGUCACCGUAACGUUCAACGUCGUUUUGAAGGACUUGUUCAAGUUGGGCUACGACAAUGGCGAGAAACGGAAGACACGAUAACGAAACAAUAAAUUCUCUCAAUCCGCAGAGCAUUAUCUCACUGAAGGAUAAUCCAAACAAAAAAUUAUAUAUAACAGUGUAUAAAUGUUUUUUUGUUACAAAUAUAAUCAAAAUGUGUUUUUCCCUGCGAUCCACUUUUUCCAUUAUCUCUGAUAUCAACCGCAUUAGAGUGAGAAUAAUGGGAUAUAUUAAGGAUAUAUUUUCAUGCUAAUGGACGUCCUAUGUAAAAAAUAUAGGAAAAAGAAAAGGAAAAGCAGGAAGAAAAAGACGCUAAUCUUCUGCGAGAGGCUAAUUAAAUUUUACGUGGUUUUAAUCCGCGAGAUGAUUCCGGAUGCUUCAGUCUGUCGAUGACGUGGCUGCGAUAAGUGUAGUGAGAUAGAUAACAGUGUCGGCCGAGCUUUAAGAAGGAGAUUAAAAAUGUCGUUUGCACGGAAUACCUUGCCGAUAGCGCCGGAAAAGC